AAAAAAGGCCGAAGAACUAUUCCGAGCAUCUCAACAAAAAAAUACUAAAACCAGAAUCAUUUUUACUUCCCCAAAGAUUAGAGAAAUAUUAACCGAGACUUAUGAACACAUUAUCUUUGAAGAACAAAUUAGCCAAAUUUUGGCUCUGGUUUAUGAUUGUUCGUUCGCCGAGGCCGAAGUAAAAAGACGAGAAUUACCAGAAAAAGGAUUACAAAAGGAUUUUCUUGCCCAAGCCCAAAAGAAGAUGUCUUUGACCGAAA